ACGCUGGCUGAGCUCAUCAGCAAGACCGGGGCGAUCCCGGAACCCAUCAUAGGCGCCAUCCUCGUCCAGCUUGUCACCAUUGUUGAUCGCCUUCACCAUCAGCUCGCGUGCGUGCACAACGACCUGGACGCGAGGAACAUCUUCAUCUGCAAGGCCUCGGGCAUCGUCAGGGUCGGCGGCUUCUUCUUCUCCCACUUCCUCUCCUGCGAGCCUGCCUCUGAGUUCAGGGACGACCAGCAGAGCUCGAGGAGAUUCCUGGGGCCCCUCCGCCAUCAGGCGCCCGAGAGAAUGCUCGGCCUGGAGUGUCACUUCCCCUCAGACGUCUGGUCCCUUGGCUUCCUCGUUCGCGAGAUGGCUCUCGGAGAGUUUCCGCUCUCCCUCCUCAACACCAAGUGGAGGAACAAGUGCGAGCGAUUCUCCAAGACUGCGAGACCAGAAGACUUCGGGCACCAACUCAGCGAGCUGGUCUCCUCCUGCAUGAACAAGAACCCUCGGCUGCGGCCCAACACCCGGCAGCUCCUCCUGCAUCCCUUCCUC